AAGCUGAUUAAAAAAAAAACUCAUUUUCACUUCCCUCUCCACUGGAAAUAAAACAAUCUCCCUCCCAGCCUUUUUCUCACAAGCCAUCAAAAUGAACCCGGUCAUUUUCCUCUGUGUUCUCUCGAUGCUACCACAACUUGGGGCUGAGGCCCCGUUCAGAGCUGUCGUGGAGAUGGUGUCAGGGGAUUCAAGGAUCUUCUCCGGAGAGAGUGUCCAGCUGAAAUGCAGUGUUCUUGAUGUCCGAUCCUCCUGGAGCCACCUGUGGUUCAGAGGAUCUGAGCAGCUCCCACAGCGUGGCCAACACCUUGUGUUGUGGAAAAUGAAGGUUCAAGAGAGUGGGAAAUAUUACUGCAAGGGAGUGAGGGACUCACAAGUGGGAGACAUAAUGACCCUCCAAAGUCUGCCAUUGGAGAUCAAUGUGGAUGGAGGGUGGGUUAUCCUACAAGUCCCACCAGAGCCCAGCCUCGUCAGUGACACUUUAAAGGUAAUGUGUCGCGCACGAGGCAAACCCCCACUGCAUGAAGUGAUUUUGUACAAAGAUGCUGUUGAAGUAAUGAGACAAAAUGGCCUCAACCCAUAUUUCUACCUGACCAACUUGACCCACGAGGAACAAGGAGUGUAUUCUUGUAGGGCUUCCUGGGACAUAGACAGACGCACGCACUCUGUUAUCUCAGCUGAUGCUUCAGUGCAGAUCUUAGAUGUUCUGUCACUGCCAGUUUUGGAGAUUGUUGCAGACAGUGACCGGAUUCCAGCUAACAAAAUGAAGCUUAUCUGCCACCUCCAAUACAACGCUCAUGCUCCUGCACCUCCAAUAAACUAUUAUUUCUACAAGAACAACAACCGACUGGGUACAGCAACCUCUGAGAACCAUGAUCUGGUUAGACGGACUCCUGGCCAGUACAGCUGCAGGGCCAAGGUGCCUGUGCUGGGCAUCUCCAGGUGGAGUGAACUUAAAAGCUUUGAACAAGCGAAAGGACCAGGCAUUAUGCUGCAUCCAGAUCUUCGUCCCAGAAACUCAAGGCCCUUUGCUCCCUCAAUCUCCUCCCCACAAACCUCCCGGCCUCCAGCAGCUGGGCCAACAGAAGCCCAGGCCUCCCUUCACCAAUCCACUCAAACUCCUACUUUUACUGAGCCUACUGAAGUGAGCAGUAUCCAAACCUCAAGUCCAGCGCCGAAGCCUUCACAGCCAGCACCAAGCACUCUGCAAUCUACAGUCCAGUCUCUCAGCCAAACUCCUGCUCUUGUCGAUAUAUUUGAGGAAUUGUCUGAUGAUACGUCUGCAGAAUCAGAUGUACCGUGGUCUAGUGGUGGUUCUGCAGAAUCUCGUGGUGGUUCUGCAGAAUCUGAUGAUAUUCCAUAGUAGAUUUCGUAAUAAAAACUGUUGUCAUGUUGGUAUAAGCAAAUAAAGCAUUCCAUAAAUCAUACAGUAUGUACUACUGGAUUUUAUUAUCAAUAAACUCUUUUUACAA